UCCAUAAAGGAUAAUUAAAUAAGACAUAGCAACACUGUGAGUCGGAUCUUUCCUACGGGGCCUAUAAGAUAGAAACCUUUUUCAAAUGAGUCAUUUAGAUAUUAUUGAUUAUGGAGAUCAUUCAUUCACAACAAUCUACUUAUUGUAUGCCCAUCAGAGAAUAUCCUAUUGUGCUGACUGAGUUCUAAUAGUUCAUGUUUGUCUCUGUCACAGUGGUGCGCUCUAAAUGCCCGUCGUAUGUAGGGACUACUGGGAUCAUCGUCCAAGAAUUCAAACACGUCUUCAAGAUCAUCACCAGAGAAGACAAACUGAAAGUGAUCCCCAAGAGGAACAGCGUCUUCUCAGUGGAGAUCAACGGCUUCGUGUCCCACAUCUACGGGAGCAAGUUUGAGCAGCGAGCCAGUGAACGCUCAGCCAAGAAGUUUAAAGUGAGAGGAACCAUCGACCUUUGAGGAGUCAGUGACCAUAACAGACAUGACACACACUGCCCUCUGUAGGCAGUCAGAGGAACCAUCGACCUGUGAGGAGUCAGUGACCAUCACAGACAUGACACACACUGCCCUCUGUAGGCAGUCAGAGGAACCAUCGACCUGUGAGGAGCCAGUGACCAUCAGAGACAUGACUCACACUCUGCCUCGUACUGCCCUCUGUAGGCAGUCAGGAGAACUGCAACAACAAUGGCACAUUUAGCAAGUGCAUUGUGGUCUUUUAUUGUUUGUGGAACCAUACCUUUUUUUUGUAUUUUGAAGGGAUCCCUGCUGACUCUGCUCUGUAUUCUUUAUAGUUACACAUGGUGAGGACUGAAAAGCCACUAACUCAGUUAGAUCAUGUUUUCUGUGUGUGAGAAAAUAACUCUGAUGAUGUCAUCACUCAUCUGCUUGGAGAAUUCAAAGUAAUAGGGAUGUACCUAUUACGGCCCUUUUCCCAAUCCAAGUGGAUUUAAUAUUGGGUAUCUUUUGAUUCAAUAUUGUAAUGUUGAUUAAAUACAUAUCUGACACGGUAAAAAUACAGACUGUCAUUUGUAACCUAUUGUAUACCAGCUACUCGAACCAAGAACCAAAGCCUGGUAUCAUUUCUAAUAGUAUUUUGUGCAUGCUUUUGCAAGCGCUGCUUCAGAGUGACAACAAUGAAAAACAUGUCAAAGUGGUUGAAAAUAUGUUAAAAAUCCUCAAAGAAAAGCCUAACUAAAGCCUUUUUAUUAGUUACAUUUCAAAUAAAGCCCAGUUACUUGUGUAGUGUUAGGCUCAUUAGACUGUAAACCUGUAAACUAUGGUAUUUACUUUUCAGAGCUUUGUGUAUAGUGCAUGAGGAAAUAAAAAGGGGAGGUUUUCUGUUG